CUUUCCUUGAGAGUGGUUCAGUGUAAUCUUUUCUGCUAUGGCCCAUACGGGAUCACUCCAUAGGUAUAAAACAACCAAAGUUGUCCAUGACAGUAUCUGCAUAUCUUAGUCAUAGAGAGUUCCUGUUAUAUAUGGGUGGUAUGUCUUAUUUACCUGGUUCUCAAGCCAAUAUGUUCAGGUUCUAUUUUAUAUUCUCCACCUGGAUCAUCCUAUCAUUGAGCUGUUCUGUUUUUUCUGGUCCUGAUUCAUGUUGCCCACAUAAUUAUGCCAGACAAACUGAUCAACAAUUUCAGCAGAAAAUCGAUCGGUUCUGGGAGUUUGAAGAGCAAUCCAACAGUUGGGUUGAAGUGAAACUGCCUUAUGAUUUGUUUUCUUGCAUCAAUGAUAAUUGCACCAAAGUUGAUUCGAUUGAUCGAAAAACAGAGAAAGCAGAAGAGCCUAUAGAAAGAAAAUCUGAUGUUCCUGAACAACAGGAGAAUUUCAAGAAGAAGAAUAACAAGGGAGGACUAGAUAGAAGUUCUAUGUUUCUGCCUAUGAGGAAGAGAGUUUCUUUAAUUAAAAUGUCUGAGAGUUCCAUUUGGGUCACUGGUGAAAGCGGUUCGAUCUACGAGAGGUUUUGGAAUGGAUUGCAGUGGGUGAUAGCACCCCAUGAUUUACCAGUAUCAGCAGGAUAUGCAGUUUCUAUAUUCAUGGUCAAUCAGACAAUUCUUGCUCUAUCUGAAGCUGGUCAUCUGCAUCAGAUGAAGCUGAGUGAAAAUUCGCAGCCUGUUUGGGUUGAGUUUACACCAGCAAUUGAUCUCAUCACAAUUAGAGAAACAGAACAAACUUCUGCAAUCCAAUUGAAGUCUGGAGCUAUUACACAAGAUAGAGAGAGAAUUUAUUUCUGCACAAAGAAGGGAUCACUGUUAGAACUUAAUGGGGUUGAGCCUCCAAGGUGGCUUCAUCAUGGCCGACCUCCUGGUGCAGAUGUAGCAGCAAUAGCUGAUGCUGCUACAAUUAGGCCAGAAGUAAUCUUUACUGUGAGUUCUACGGGGGAUCUCUAUGAAUUUGACCCUAGCUCAAAGCCAUCAUGGAAGAAGCAUAUAUGGAGAGAAGGAUCAGCUCAAAAUACUUCUUUGUCACCUUCAAUGGGUUGCGGUGUACAUGGACUGAAUGGAGCUCAUUCCAUGUCUUUGUUUCUUUUGACAAAGGGUGGUAUUUUAGUGGAGAGAAGAAUACAACAAAGGAAAUGGAAAUGGAUAGUCCAUGGAAGUCCAGAAGAUCAUCCCCUGUCAUCCAUCACACCAGUUUCACAAGAUGAAUUGAAUGACAAGUCAUAUUCCUUGUUUCUUACAACAGGAUCAGGGUUCAUUUUCGAAUAUCGAAUACCAAAACAGUCAGCUUGUGAACAAGACUUGGAGAUCACUUAA